CAUAGUAUAGGAAACGUAGCUACCGACAGCACAGGACUAUUGUGUCCUGUUCUGCUUCAAACUUCCAAUUUUAACCAUAUCAGUCUUAACUAUAUUUUAAAAGUACAGUUAACAUGGAAAUGCUGGAUUAAUAUACUUGUUUUCACGAGUGUGAUACACUUUUAGCUAACUAACAGGCUUUAAUAGGUAGCUAGCUGGAACUAAGCUGCCACAUAAACUGUUAUUUACAAAACUACACGGCUAUCAAGGGAAGUUAAAUGUUUAUCGGAAACCGUCAUUCAUUUUUUUCGAGGACCGGGUGAGCUCUGGCUAAUCGUUCUGUUUUCUAGCUGAAAGAGUUGUUGGACUGUUAAGCGAUCAUGUCCGCAUCCGCUACAAACUCAGCUCACCAGCAGCAGUCGCGAGUCAGACGCAGCAAUGCAGGUUCCCCCACCUCCACCAGCAACAGCAGCAGCAUUAGCCGGCUGCAACCCAUCCGCGCCACUGUACCCUACCAGCUCUUGCGUGGAAGUCAGCAUAGUCCUACCCGGUCCCUCUCCUCCUUCUCAGUUGGGAGCAACACGGGAUCGACCACGACACGUUGCUCCAGCCCCCCAAGUCCGACACAGCUGUUGUCGAAUCCCGGGGCAAACGGCUCAGUGGACGCAAAACUGGGUGCAAGACAGAGACUGUCGCCAGACAACAAGGGCUCACCUGAGCGGACUCCAAACUCACCCGUCUGUAGAGUGGAGAGGUCCAAGUCCCAGCAAGUGCGGAGCUCCAACACCAUCCGAAGGACGUCCUCCCUGGACACCAUCAUGGGCCCCUACCUGACCGGGCAGUGGCCCCGCGACCCUCACAUGCACUACCCCUCCUGCAUGAAGGACAAAGCCACACAGACUCCCGGGUGCUGGAGUGAGGAAGGAGGGGAGAAGAGAGGCAUGCACCAGCGCUCUGCGUCAUGGGGCAGUGCCGACCAGCUCAAAGAGCAGAUUGCCAAGCUUAGACAGCAGCUGCAGCGCAGCAAGCAGGGCGGCCGCCAGAACAAGGAGAAGGAGAGGCACUCCCCCCAGCAGGGGGCGCACUGCGCCCAAGCCCAGCAGCCGGGGUGGAAGUCUGUCCCAGUGCUUCUGUCCAACAUCACCGUGCCAAAAUCCUCCAUCUCACGAGUGCCCAGCAGUAUGGAGGGGAUCAACCACGAGCUGGAGAAGGCCUUCAUCAGAGACAGUGGAGAGAAAGAGGAACUGAAGUCCCUGGAGGUCCCAGACGGGCGGCGAGCCCCCUUCCCGCCCCAGCGCAGCGGCAGCUCCCGGAGCGUGGACACGCAGACGCCCUCGGCCCACGGCCGCUCCAGCAGCUGCUCCAGCCACUCGCCCUGCCCCUCGCCCUCCUGCCCGCCCCGCUCUCAGGACUGCAGCCCCUGCUCCGGCGAGGACCCGCUGUAUGACCGCGACAAAGACAGCGGGAGCAGCUCCCCUCUGCCCAAGUUUGCCUCCUCUCCCAAACCCAACAACAGCUACAUGUUCAAGAGGGAGCCCCCUGAGGGCUGCGAGCGGGUCAAGGUGUUUGAGGAGAUGGCGUCUCGGCAGCUGAGUGGCAUCCCUCUCUUCUCAUGCCCUGACAAAAACAAGGUGAACUUCAUCCCCACCGGGUCUGCCUUCUGCCCUGUGAAACUUCCCGGUGCCUCCCUGUACACCUCCCACUCCGACCCCGGUCCCGUCCGUGAAGACGGCGAGGACAGCCAGGAGCCCAGCUCCACCCCCCCGAUUCAGGUCUCCACCAGCACCAGCACCGACCAGUCCCCUGACGCACUGGCGCUACCUGCCCCCCUCCACCAGGAGGCGCCCUCCGACCCGCACGCCAAGCCUCACAACUUUGGCAUCAGCUAGUCUCUGGCAGAGCAGGUUUCUGUCCUCUCCAGCAACCCCCGACCAACCGACACCGUAGCCCCCCUCCCCGUGUCUCACCGAAGACCCCCACCUUUCUGUCAAACCCCCUUCUGCAUGGCAUAGCAAGGAUUCCCCGCCACAGAAAUAAAGUCCGUAGUAUUUCUUAGCAUUCUUAAAGACUGUUCUUGGCAGGGAUAGACAUCUCUUUUAAAUGUACUGUGUAAUAAGCAGUUCUGCUUGUAUAUGGGGAAAAAAGGCAGUUCGAAGGAGAAGAAAAAAGCAACACGCUUCAUUAGGUGUUGGGGGUUGCAGGAGUGGGGGUGGGGGGUCAGGGGGUAGGUAAAACUGGUAGAUUGUUUAAUCAAAUACGUUCUGUGACCUGUGUUCCAGCAUUCGCAAUAUGAAUAAGCUCCAUAUCACCAGAAAAGAAAAUAUGCCUGUCUGAAUGGAAAUCUGUGUAUUGCUCUGUAAUGUAUGUUAUAGGAAAAAAAAAAGAAAAAAAAAUGCUGUACUUUUCAGGAUUACGUUUACACUCAAUCCAGGUUCUGUUUGGAAACUUAAAACAUGAUGCAAAAAAAAAAAGAAAAAGAAAAAGGAAAAAUAACAAAAUGGCCACAUCUGUUGUACAGUGUCCGCAUCACGGUCUUGCUUCAGGUAUUUCACCCCAAGUCUAAACUCAGGUAAUUUGGAAUGUAUCCAUGCAUGGACAGAUCCCAGUCUGCAGCUUUUUUAAGUUUAAUUUUGGGGCGGACGAAAGUUAUACAAUAAGCAUCACUCUAUUGCCUUUCCCUUUUGUACAUUGACCUUUGCUCAUGACAUUCCGUGUUGUUGGAAUAAGUGCUUUCUGCUCUGAGGUGUACUUCCCAGAACAGACAAACCUCUCCACCAGCAGCGAUGAUGCACCACAUCAUCAUUCCAUGUUGAGAAAAAAAAAAGGAAACAUUUUCAAAGCAGCAUUUAUAAGAGAUAUUCAGGUGUUACUCAUUCAAUGACUGUUAAAGAUGUUUGCAAAUGAAUGUCCUCAGUAUGGAGCUGUGCAGAAGAAACAUUCCACGUGUUCUUAGUAGGUUGGUGAUAUACGGAAGAUGCCCAGGAAAAACGACCAUUCAGAUUUUCAGGGGUAUAAAUGUAAGCACACACUUCCCCAACCUGCAAAGGCUGUUAGGUCUUCAAUCAUUUUGAACAAUUUCACCCCAAGCUUUCUGCUCUUAAAUUUCCAUAAAAUAUAUUUUGAUAUUGUUAUUCAUGGUAGCUUUAUUGUAAGGAAUAGAAACCCAAGUCCUCUGAAUUGUAUUUCUGAUACAAAGAGGACAUGCUGCUUAAAUGACAAAAUGGUAACAAAUGCGAUAAUUCCACUUUGCAACUAUGGCCAGACUCCUACACGACGAGUAUGGAAGCCCACACAUUAGUUUUGAUAUAUUUAUAUGCUCCUUCAGAAGUGUUGAUAUAAAUCCUUCUCAUUUCACCUUUACAAGGUUAGAUAUGGCUUUAAAAUUGAUCAAGUUGAUGCAAUGUUAGCCAACACCUUUUUUUAUAUUAUAGUAUAUCCAAUGACCAAGUUGGUCUCCACUUGAAAGUAACCUUUUAAAGUUACUCUAAAUAUGAAAUUUAAGUCAAUUCCUUUCCAUGUUUAUGAGGAUGAAACCAAGUCGAAAUUUAACGCAUUGACAAAUAUAAAUUACUUUUAAUCAAAGCACUCGAAAUGUGCUUGAGACUCAUUGCUGGAGGAAACAUUCUUUGAAUGUAUUCCUAUAUCUCUCUUAUCAUAUAGGGAAAACUGUGUGCCAAUGGUCACACACUAUGGCAAUAAGCUAUCAGGUUCUGCAAGAUGAAAGGAGGAUGUACUUAUCUUGUGCAUGUACAGUACUGUACACGGUAAUGGAGGAAGUAAUGAACCACCACCACCACCCCCACUCCCUCCGGAAUGAGACGCAUAUUUCCAAAGAGACCAGUACAAUAUCCCUGCGUUUUAAAGCAUCAAACAAACAGCACAAUUUUACAUCAACAUCCACCUGAGCUCAAGAAGUACUAGGUGUCCUUCAGAGUAGUUAUUGUAGUGUACAGACCACUACUGCAGAAUUAGUACAUUGGUAACGGGGGGGGAAAUAAACCCAAAUAGUUUGUUAUACUGACGUUAUUUUUCUUUUUUUGCAUUUCCUCCCUUUGCAGAAAUUUCAAGAACGUUGUUAAGCUUGUUUAAAGUUUGUGCAUAGCUCCACUGUAAUGUCCGGCCACUGUGUUCAGCAGUGUUUAACAGUUGCCACACAAACAUAUAUAUUUAAUUUUGGCUGUGUGUGGCUUUUUUCGUUUUGUAUUUUUCCAAUAUAGAGCUCUUGUGUCAUUUGAAUAAAGUUAAUAGCUGAACCAAC